GGGGCGCCCGGAGCGGCUCGGCGGGCAGGGCUGACAGACGGACACACAGACAGCGCGGCGGCAGCCACAGCAGCGACCGUCCGUCCGUCGCCCCGGCCAUGGGGCUCGGCCGGACCCCCGCACGCCGCCUUUCGCCUCUGCAGCAGUGUGUGCAUCAACCUGGGUCCUCUUCAGUGAAAAAGAGUGAUACUGGAUCUUCCUUGGAAGCUUUUGCUGUUUUAUUGAAUCAAAUUCUCUAAAAAUUCUCUCCAUCUAUAUUUCCACUAUAAGGUUGCAAACUUCUCUCCAUGGCUUAAAUGGACAUCAGAGCGUGUCUCUCUGAUGGAAUGUACAACCCCAGAUGAUCUGAUCCUUCAAGAACAAAAUUCCAAGAAAAAGAAUACAAAGAAUACAAUUCUUUCUACGAUUCUCUUGUUUUAAUGAAUGGCUUGCUCUCACUCACAAAACCUGAGUUUUCAUUUCUGUGCACAGAAAGACAAGGGUCUAUCUUCUGUAAGCCCUCAUCAGAAGAGGUUAGCAACAGGGCACAGUGAGGUGGAAAGAACUUUGAAGCACUAUGAGAAGAUAAAAGGAAGUACCCAGCUUGUCUUUUUUUAAGCCCAUUUGGGGAAGAUGAAGCUUCUCCCUUAUGGCUGGAAGUAGUGGAGUCAAUCUUUUCAGCCUAAGCCCGGGGUGGUGACUGGCAGGAACCUGCUGCAGCCUUUCCCUUUCACCUUCCUUGGACCCUGCGUUGUUCUCGGCCAGCGGUGGGACAGAACCCGAGGGGCAAAGAUGGUUGUGGUAAGGAGGAGGAAUGUGAAAAUGGUCACCUUCAUCUUUUUGCUCAUCACGGCGACGUCGUUUCUGCUGAACUACACGCACCAGGUGACCACGACCACCUGGGACCCCAGGCAUCUCGUCGUGCAGUUUUCAGAGCACGUCCAAAAGUUCUUCAAGCACCCCAGGAGACCUUGCAGUUGUCGCACGUGCAUUUCGGAGCUGGGACAUUCCCUCUGGUUUGAUCAGAGAUUUAACUCAACUAUGCAACCUUUCCUGACCUCACAGAAUGCCUUGAUCCCAGAGGACAGCUACAGGUGGUGGCUGAAACUGCAAGGAGAGAAAGCCCCGAGGAGUUUGAACGCCACGCUGACGGAGCUGUUUGGGGUCAUCCCCGGGGACGGGGAUCCGCUGCAGGAGCGCGGUUCCUACACCUGCAGGCGCUGCGCCGUCGUGGGCAACUCCGGCAACCUCCGGCAGUCUCAGUACGGCCAGGAUAUUGACUCCCAUGACUUCGUGCUCAGAAUGAACCGUGCCCCCACUGCAGGCUAUGAAUCAGAUGUUGGGAGCAAGACCACUCACCACUUUGUUUAUCCUGAGAGCUACAAAGAGCUGGCAGCAAAUGUGAGCAUGAUCCUCAUCCCCUUCAAAACCCUGGACCUGCGCUGGGUUGUCACCGCUCUCACCACAGGCACCAUCAACUUCACAUAUGUUCCAGUUCCUAGGAAAAUCAAAGUGAAAAAAGAAAAGAUCCUGGUUUAUAAUCCAGCUUUUAUGAAAUACAUUUAUGAAAACUGGCUCGAGCAUCAUGGGAGAUACCCCUCCACAGGCCUUCUGUCUUUGAUGUUUGCUCUCCAUGUAUGCGAUGAGGUGAAUGUGUACGGCUUUGGAGCUGACAGCAGAGGACACUGGCAUCAUUACUGGGAAAACAACACUUCAGGUGGAGCUUUCCGGAAGACAGGCGUCCAUGAUGGGGAUUUUGAGUUCAAUAUAACUUUGACUCUUGCCUCCAUUGAAAAAAUAAAAUUUUUCAAGGGCAGAUGACCCUGGCCACGGGGACAAGAGGGGGCUGCAAUUUCCAGCAUGCAGCGGAACAAAGCUCAGUGAAGAUGGUCUGGGCGCCAGCCAGGUUUGAAUGCGUGGGUCUGCGGUGGAUUUGGAGCAUCUGACACCGCAGGGAACGAGGCCGAGGACCGGCUUCAAGCUGCACAUGAUUUCCUAUCUACAGAGAGCCGGGAGCUACCAAUCAGUUCUGGGAAUAAAUUAAUCUCUGCUUAGGCUCUAUGUCUCGAUUCUUGAAUUACUGAUGAAAGGUCUGCCUGUUGCAAUUAGAGGAAGCCUGAGCACAGGAACUGCUGUCUGUGUGUCUGUUCUCUCCUUGAGCAAGGCAGGAGAUCCUUGAAGAAGAGUGAAAAUGACUUCUGGGACUUGAGAUCCGCUAAGGCAGCUGUGAACAUCAUAGUAAGGAUUACCUCAAAGAAAUGAAUUCACUUCUGCUGUUGAUCUUCUUUUUGAACCACCUCUUCUCUGUUCUUAUUACUUCUGUUUUCAUGCUGUAUUAAGGAAAAACUUGAUGGAGUUGCCUGGAGGAGUAAAUAUUUCAACCAUUGCCUCAUUUUGCAUUGGCAGUGUCUAGAAAAUAUGAAUGAAAUCAUCUCAUGUAUUAUUUAAUAUUGCUUCCUACACAGCCAUAAUGAUGGAGAAAAUAAUACUGAAAACUCCAGGAAAAAAAAAAAUGGCCUUUUUUAGCCACUUGUCUGUCUUGUUUGAUUAUAUGUAAUUUUUGAGGGUUUUGCUUGUUUGUUUGUUUGUUUGUUUCUGGAAAGUACUCUGGAAUUUUAUUUUAUUUUUAUUUAAUCAGUUUAAGAUUGGAAAGUGGAUUUCUUCAAGUCAUUUAUAUGUGCCUUUUAUAAUUGUGCAACAAAUGUGAUUUUUUUUCUGAGAUGACAAACCCUAAAUUAAACAUUUUUAUAAAAGGGGGAAAAUUAACCAAAGUUUAGCUCCUGUCUGGUAUGCUUUUGUAGUCAAAACCAAUAGUAACAACUCCUAUAUUGUAUUUGAACACACAAACAAAACAAUUUUUAAAGGUAGUUUUUACCUUUUUAUAUGGGAAAAUAUUCAAGUCCCAAGGAAAAUUCUCUCUCUCUUUUUUUUUUUUUUUU